AUGUAUAAUUUUGAGCCUUUAGGUGUUCACACAUGGUUUGUACUCAAUGGUGCUUUUAUUGUGUACCCUUAUAAAAUGCUUCUCAUGCAUGGUUCUUGCAGAAUGCAUAGACGUGUGGGAAAACCACUUCGUGCUUACAUGGAUCUCGAAGCUGGCCGAAAGAGAUCAGGUCGAGAGGAUAUAUAUAUUAGUUAUCAUGCUGAAGAUGAUGUACAGUCAACCUAUGCUGGUGCUGUGUUUCACAAUGGUCGAAACUAUCACGUCUCCAAUACCAAAGGUAGUGAUAUACUUGUUUAUUGGUCUUCAUCACGGUGCCUUCGUCAAAGGAAUGAACUUGCCAAGAGACUCCUUAGCUUGCUGCCGCAUCACUCAUUCGGCAGGUGCCUAAACAAUGUCGGUGGUAAAGGCAUGGCUAUUUCUCUUUAUCCUGAGUGUGCAACGGAUGCCAAUGCUACGCCAAAGUGGUGGGAUCAUUUGCAUUGUGCCAUGUCUCACUACAAGUUUGUCCUUGCAAUAGAGAACACUUUUACUGAGAGUUACGUGACGGAGAAGUUAUAUUAUGCCUUGGAUUAUGGUGCAGUUCCUAUCUAUUUCGGUGCACCAAACGUCAUGGAUUUUGUUCCUCCACAUUCAAUUAUAGAUGGUACAAAGUUCAGGACGUUGGAAGAAUUGGCUUCAUACAUGAAGGCGGUGGCUAAUGAUCCAGUUGCCUAUGCAGAAUACCAUGCAUGGCGAAGGUGUGGAGUGCUUGUUUUCUUGUUAAAACUUGAUUUUUCUAUUCCUAAAGAUUAA